GUCCUGGCCGUGGUGGAGAGGCACUUCCAGACGAUAGAGCGCGUGUGCGUGCACCAUACGCAGUACGAGGAGCUCAUGGAGCAGGUCUGCCUCGCCUUCAGCUACAUCCUCGGGUUCUCGCGCGAGUACGUGCCGAACUCGCCCGUGUUCGUGCCGAUGAUGCAGUUGAUGGCACGCUGCUGCGAGCAGCACCCGCAGCCCUUCUACAUGGGCCUCGUGCGCUCCGCCAUCGGCUUCUUCGCCGACGCGGGCAGCGCGGAUCUGGACAAGAUCCUGAUCGACCUGACAGGCCUCUUCGUGCUGCCCCUCGCGAGGCUGCUCGGGAGCAGCGGCGGGGCGCCGCCUGCGGCGCUGACCCCGCCCAUCAACGCGCCACUGGGCGUCACCCGGCCGCCGCCGCCCGGGCGGGGAGAAGUCGUCGCCGCCUCGGCCGCCUUCGUGGGGCUCACCCACGUUGGCCACAUGCACUGA